UCGUAGCUGAGCAGCUUGCACCUGAAGGAGGAAAAAACCAAACCAGAUGCCAACGGUGCCGUCGUCAAGGCGGACGACAACGUGGAGAAGACGGAGGAUGAGGAGAAGGAGGACAGAGCUGCCCAGUCUUUGCUGAACAAGCUCAUCCGCAGUAACUUAGUGGACACAACCAACCAAGUGGAGGUGCUGCAGAGGGAUCCCACGUCACCGCUCUACUCCGUGAAGUCCUUCGAGGAGCUGCGGCUGAAACCACAGCUCCUGCAAGGAGUCUAUGCCAUGGGCUUCAACAGACCAUCCAAGAUACAAGAGAACGCCCUGCCCAUGAUGCUCGCCGAACCCCCCCAGAACCUGAUCGCACAAUCUCAGUCCGGUACUGGCAAGACAGCUGCCUUUGUCCUGGCCAUGCUCAGUCGGGUUGAACCUGGGAACAAGUAUCCGCAGUGUUUGUGCCUUUCCCCAACGUACGAGCUGGCCCUUCAAACGGGAAAAGUGAUUGAACAGAUGGGGAAGUUCUAUCCGGAACUGAAACUUGCAUAUGCUGUCCGAGGCAAUAAAUUGGAGAGAGGUCAGAAGAUCUCUGAGCAGAUUGUCAUCGGCACGCCCGGCACCGUGCUGGACUGGUGUUCCAAACUGAAAUUUAUAGACCCCAAGAAAAUCAAAGUGUUCGUCCUGGAUGAGGCUGACGUGAUGAUCGCAACCCAGGGCCACCAGGACCAGAGCAUCCGCAUUCAGAGAAUGCUCCCCAAGGACUGCCAGAUGCUUCUGUUUUCAGCCACUUUUGAGGAUUCUGUGUGGAAGUUUGCCCAGAAAGUUGUUCCUGACCCGAACAUCAUCAAACUGAAGCGGGAGGAGGAGACACUGGACACUAUAAAGCAGUAUUACGUUCUGUCCAGCAACCGAGAUGAGAAGUUCCAGGCUCUCUGUAACAUCUACGGCGCCAUCACCAUUGCCCAGGCCAUGAUCUUCUGCCACACUCGGAAGACGGCCGGCUGGCUGGCGGCAGAGCUCUCCAAGGAAGGCCAUCAGGUGGCAUUGCUCAGCGGGGAAAUGAUGGUGGAACAGAGAGCCGCGGUGAUCGAGCGCUUCCGAGAGGGCAAAGAGAAGGUGCUGGUGACCACAAACGUCUGUGCCAGAGGGAUCGAUGUAGAGCAGGUCUCUGUCGUCAUUAAUUUCGACCUUCCCGUGGAUAAAGAUGGGAAUCCUGAUAACGAGACUUACCUGCACCGGAUCGGGCGUACGGGUCGCUUCGGCAAGCGAGGACUGGCCAUUAACAUGGUGGACAGCAAGCACAGCAUGAAUAUUCUCAACAGAAUCCAGGAACAUUUCAGCAAAAAGAUAAACAAACUGGACACCGACGACUUGGAUGAAAUCGAGAAGAUCACUAACUGAAGCGCAGCUGCCGGAACCGGGGUGGAUCCCGCCACGGAAGCUCUCCCACUCCGAUUGGAUCAGCGUUCAGAUUGGCACGCCUCUCAGCUCGUCCCGAAAAGGACUCUUUCAGAUAUGAGUAAAUUACCUCAUUUGAAAAAUUGCAGUUGGACUUCAAAUUGUGCGACUAGGGGGAGGAAGAGGAAAUGUUUACAGAAGCUUUUAACAUUUCUUAGUUUAGCCUUAAAACGGGAAGGUCUUUUGGAAUUCUAAGAAAAUACGCUUGCCACAAAAAAAAGUGGGCAACGUGUAACUAUCUAAACCAGAUUUUAAAAACAAACAAACAAAAAUUGCCUUUAAUUGGGAUUCAGAUCAGCGUUAACCUCAUCGGUUAAAA